AUGGCCCUACCACGAAAUAAGAUGCUAUUACAGAUCACAUAUUUCAGUUAUUUUUUUUUCGUAUUCGGACAAAUUUAUUUAAAAUACGAAUUUACGAAACAAAAACACUGGAGAUUCCAUUUGUUAGAAAUAAAGAAAUAGCUCAUUAAGUUAACUAAUUAAACUAAUUCGUCAACUACAGUGUCAACUGAAUACAGUGCCAAAGUAAUUGAUAUUUAUUAUCGCUAGCUACAUGGAAAAAUCUUAUUAGAAUGAUUUCUUUCGUGCCUUGGAGUUUUAAAGUACGUAAAGUGUAUAAAUGAUUCGUAGAGCUGGAUCUGGACUACUUGGAAAGGCGAGGAGGCGAGACAAUAACUUGUGAAAACGCCGAAAGUGGAUCGAAAGAGGAAGAAAGCCCUGCAGACACUCUGGAUCGUGUCAAAGUUGUGUUUCUCGGUGCACCCAGGGUGGGAAAGUCCAGCAUAAUCAGGGUGAGCACGAAUUUUUCGUUGACAUCGAAUCGGUGUCUAUCUCUGUGCCUGUUAAUAGAAAUCCUUUCAGUUUUUCACUAGUGAAAAUAUCAAAUAUUCGUCUUUUUCUUUUUAAUUAAUUCUUUUCAAGCUUUUCGAAUUCAUCGAUUCAUUCCUUCACGUUGUAGAGUGGUAACGACAUUAAUUGUCGAAUUAAAAUUGCCUGGUCUGACAGUAAUUUCAAUUUGUUUAAAUUGAAAUUAUUAUUUGUUUAAAUUAAUUAUCAUCAGUUUUCAAGUCAUCUCGCGCAGUCACUGUUCACUUUUCACGCAAUUUUAAAGCAAUUUUCGUUUUAGUAUCACCAUUUUAAUUCGAUGGUAGAAUCUCAAUUUAAUACUUACACGUAAUUUCUUAGUUUCUAAUUACCUACACAUCUAUUACGUGUACUAUACAAAUAUGUUACUGCAUUUGUUUCUACAAAUAAAAUAAUUAGAAAAUAUAUAUAUAUAUAUAUAUAUUUUUUGAUAAGUUAUUUAGUUGUUUAUUUUAAUAUCCUCAAACGUGAUUACGAGAAUGCUAGGAUUUCAAUGCAAUAA